GAACGCGUUCCAUAAGAUUUGUUCUCUUUGUGCCACGCGAUUCAUGGCGGUGCGUGUACUGUGCCGCUGACAAUGAGCCGCGGCGGUGACUGUGAUAAGUGAUCCGUGUAAACCCAUCCUCAUCGCUGAACGCGAGCAGUGGCAGUGGAGAAAGAUCGCACGUCGGCUGGUGUUAGAGCACACCUCUUGAUGACUCGCGCUUUACGUGGGCCGCAGGCAAGCCGGAGCUCGCAAUUAUGUUCGAUGUACCGCAGAAGUUCUACGAGCUGUGUCGCCUUUGUUUAUCCCUGGAGGGUGACAAGUAUUCCAUAUUCGCGGAGGGGGGCACCCAGCAGAAUUUCGCCGAGAAGAUAUCGGCGUUCCUGUCAAUCACGGUAAAAGACGAUGAUUCCUUACCGCUGAUUAUCUGCCGGGAAUGCGUAGAUAAGUUGAACAUGCUGGACAAUUUUCGCGAAGUGUCGCAAAAGUCUGACGUCUUACUCAAACAGUACCUGGAUUAUACCAAGCAACAGUCGUCCCAUGACGAGCAGAAAGAGUCUUUCUCCACUGCCAAAGUAGCGGGCGAGAGCCCUCUGCAAUCGGUCCUCGAAUUGAAUAAAAUGUUGUUCAUCGAGGAGCCUAACUCCGAGCCGGCCAGCAUUAAUCAAAACAUAAUACCUCAAACUCAAACGCAUCAUCUAGAAUUGCAGAGCAGUGAUAUACGAGAACAUGAUAAUAUUAAGUGUGAGCCAGAUGAUGACAACAGUUCCAACAGUUCCGAUCCUGAACGACUGGAGAUUGAAGAUCGCGACGAGCAGGAGAUCGAAGGUGAGGAAAAUGGUUACGACAUGACCAUCAGUAAGAGGAUUCGAGUCGAAAGUAACUACGAUGAUUCCGAGUCCAACACAGCGAAUUGUAGUCCAGUUAAUAGAAUGGACACUCCAGAGAGCAACUGCUCUGACACCAACAUUGAUCAGGAAACGACGAAGCUGUGGCAAGCUCUAGCCAACAAUAGAAGCUUGGAAAUUACGCGAACAAAUGGUGAUAAAUUGAACAAUGGAUUCCCUGGCGAAGCAACCAAUCUACUGCGCUCUUUGAUCAACAAUAGGCAGAUCGGUAUUACUGCCAUUGAUUCGGACUCGAAGAUGUACCCGCAAAUCAGAUUUUACAGGGAUACUCAGGGAACAGCUACCGAGCGUACGAUGGUUGAUUUUCCUGUGCUCGCUAAUCGUACUAAUAUAGGAAGCUUAGAAAAUAAGUCUGUACAGAGUGCUUCGAUAGACAGUAAUCCAUCUAGCCCUGCCAGCAUUGGUCGUAAGGAGAUGGCGACGACGACGAAAGGUCGUAGAAAGCAGAGCUAUCCCAGUAAAGCUCCAGCAAGUCCGGACAUUGUUGCCAAUUACCAACACGAGCAUAACAAUGAGGAGCAAGCGCAUGAUUUUACCACAUGGUCGAGCAAGGUAAAGAAUAAGAUGGACGAUCAAAAGCAACAAUUCGAUCAGCAAAGUGGUAACGUGGCGAAAAAGGUCGAUAUGUCUUGUACAAAUUGCGGCACUAUGACAACAACCAUUUGGAGAAGAAAUAUGAAGGGCGAAAUGGUGUGCAACGCCUGUGGGUUGUACUACAAGCUGCAUGGCGUCAAUCGCCCGGUUACUAUGCGUAGAGACACCAUACAUACACGCAGACGUAGACCCAAAGGCGAGAAACCAACAAGGCAUAGAAAAAAAGGAGACACAGUCUUAGCGUCUCAGUCGACAAGAGAACAAAUGGAUGCCGAGAGUGCGGAUAUGCUGAAUGCCCUUCGACAACAAAUUCAUCCUCAGCUAAUGAUGCAUGCAGCGUUGACGCCUACGCGCAUACCCGGUGGCCAUCCGCCUCCGUCAGUUGCUUACUCACUACCUUUAUCUAAUUACAUGAUUCAUCAACACGUAAAAAACGAGGAGCGUAUGCAACGGCACUUGUCCAUGGAUGAGGAUGCGGAUGAAGGCGACGAGGAGAACGUUUCCGAUGUUCCUCUCAAUCUGGUGGCGACUUCAUUCUCGGAGGAGACGCAUUAAGAAAAAUCUGGUUUUGCGCCUAGGUAUGCUUUCUCGAACGACAUGGGCCGUUCGAUGACGUUUAUCCUGAAUGGAUUUUUGAAUAUCCCUCCUGGCAGACUCUCUCAGCGUUUUUUCCCCCAAAAAAUCAUUUGCCCUGGGGACUGUGACGACGUUUCGUGGAGAGCCGUCAGGCUCACGCCGCGGCGUAAUACGCACGAUGGAAUGAUAUUAAUUACUCAGUAUUAAUUAUUCAAAAUGUACAUAUAUAAAUAUACACAUGCAUACGGGAACACAACACACACACACACACAGACACACUCGUACACGUACACAAAUACAGAUAAACACACGCAUAUGAGAAAAUAUUUUUAUACAAAAUUUUAUAUGUGCUCGCCCGUUGUACAUAAACAUGCCGCGGAUCCAACCGUGGUGCCGCUCGGAAAUGUUUGUCGUUGUCGUCGUCUUGUUUCAAUUUAUACGUAUCUUUCGAUCGAUUGUCUCACGGUUGACGAUGACAUCAAAAACAUCUCCAACGGCGUACCUGCAACGUCGUUAUGGCUUUCGACAUUCAAUUGUGUUACGCUCCAAAUUUUAAAGUCCUUUCAAAAACUUUGAUACGUUGCGCGAUGAAUGUUGGAUUUUUCACUUUAUUUUAACGAAAUUAAAACGAAAGUACUAUUUACAUGAUAUCAAAUAUUGCAAGCAAAAUUUUCAAAUAGUAUAUUUGUGAUGAAUAUAAUAAUCUCACAUAUAAACUUAAUUGUCAACUUAAAAUAUCGGAAUGGGAAACGAAUUGGUAAUGAUUAAAUAUUUAAUAUAAUUAAAUUAAAAUUUUAAUAAUAAAUUCUAUAAAAAAAAUUGUGUCAACACGUUGAGAAUGCCGAACUUACAAUUAGUUCGUUUAGUUCUCUUCGGCGACGCCAGAGUAAAAUUUUUUUUAUUAGAUUUUGAUAAAAUACAUAUUAAGUAUAUGAUAUAAUGAAAUUAUGCAAAAAAUGU